AUUACAGAAAUGGACUCCGGUGAUUCCAAAGAAGAUGGAGUUAAAAUAAGGAGAAGAAGCACAAGACAGGCAUCGAAGACAGGUUCAAAUGUUGCUGACCAUCGGCCCCGGCUAAAAAGACGCCGGGACCCUUUGAAAGAUGAUGGGGAAUCCACGGUGGUCAAUGGAUCCAAGGAGUCUAAAAGCCUUGAGAAUGGGAAUAAUGAUGAAUCCCGAAAUAAGAGACAAAAGCUUAAAAAUGAUGAAAGUACAGGAGAUGUAAAUGAGAAAGGUGAUGGAUUUAACAACACUGAUGUGGAGAUGGAUGAGAGUGACGAUCAAGAUCAAGAAAUGGAUGAAGAUGAAGAUGCUGAGCAGGACAAUGAGACCAAGACACACUUUCAUGCCACAUCUAUGAGAGAAGCAGUGUGUCCUGUCCAAGUAUGGAGAGAAAAUCUGCAAAGUGGGGUUGUACUGGAGAGACGAAGGUCCAUUCAUGAAAAUUAUGUGGACUAUGAUAAACACAAACACAGCAUUCCAAACAGAUCCAUUACAACAUCUCAAGAAGAAAGGUUUCCGGCAGUGAGACAAAGGUCCAUUCGUGAAAAAACUGACCAAGAGACACACAAGAGAUCCAAAACAGUAAAUAUAAGAUCAGAAACGACUUCUCAAGCUCCCUCAGUUAUCAGGAUAACCAGAAGUAGAAUGACUAAUCAGAAUCCUGUAGCGGUCAAUGAUGCUCUUCCUUUUGGAAACUGGAACAGAUCUCAAUUGCUUACUCCUCCCUCCACAAAUCAAACAGCACAUCACAAAACCACAGAAAAGAAGCCAGUCUUCUCAAAACCAAGUCCAGUCUCUCCCACUCGAGGAUGGAUGUGGUCCAUUUGCAGAGUUCUCAUACUUCUUUUGAUAUUGACUGGAAUGCUGGUUUCUGGCUAUUUGAUCUAUCAUAAGUUUAUUAGUGCUCAUUUGUCUCAAACUGACGUGGUUCAUUCUGAAACACUGAAGAAUUUUGCAGCGGACUUAGCGGGUUUACAGACUGUUUUUCCCAGUCAGCGUUCCGAGUUCUGGAACAGGAGUGGGAAACAUCUGAAGGGUCACCUGCAGACGGUCAAACCCACUGAAUCGGUCAGUGUAAUUCUGACUGCUGGCCUUCGCGCUGAAAAGACGUUAGGUUGUCUUGCUCGACGCUUGGCCACAGUGUUCUCUGCUUUCCAUAACGCUUCGAUCUUAGAAAUCAACGGGAACUCCAAAAGCACCCUGGACAGUGAUCAGGUCAAGCUGGAGAUUGAUGAAGCAUUGAAAAAAGCCUUUGAAGGUGAUAAACCUGCAGCUGUUGUGCACAAUUUUGAGGAGCUCCCGCCUGGAUCUACUCUCAUAUUCUAUCGGUAUUGUGACCAUGAGAAUGCAGCUUACAAAAACGUUUUCCUGGUGUUUACUGUGAAGCUUUCGGUGGAUGAAAUAGACCCAUCGGUUAGUUUGAGCCAAGUGGAGGAGAUGGUGCUCGACCAUGUGAAACAGAAGUUUAUUACCUCAGAAAAAUCUGCUAAGUUUAAUCAAAUGGAUGUGGACAAACUGAGUGGACUGUGGAGCAGGAUUUCUCACCUCGUCCUACCGGUGGCUGCGGAGGAGAACAUUGAACAGGAGGGCUGUGAGGUCUAGCCUUUAAUGAAAAUGGUGCGGUUCUAUUACUGUACUAAAUGGAUUUGCAGACUACAUAAAUGUACAGAAGGAACUUUAUUCCAAGGAGGUUUUUUAAAAAAUGGAUUUGUUUAUAAAUGUUUUAUAUAAAUAGUUUUUCUUUGUUUAUAUGUGUGAGUGAUAUAUUAAUCAUUUAAUAAUAAUAAUAAUCAUAAUGCAACAGCAUUUGGCAUACAAUAUAAACCAGCUUUUGAAUUAGAUGUACAAUUUCUUAAAGGUCAGGUGUCAUAAAGACUGAAGUUUGCACUGAUUUAUUUUUAGUUUGUCUUCAGUUUUUUGUAUUUGUGUAACUCAAAUUCUUAUUAAAAGUCAGUAUGUUGUUA